AUGGAUGUCAUGGAAGCUGAAAAUUCGGAGCUAAGAUCCAAAGUUUCCCAUGUUCAACAUGCUCCGAAUAACUUGACAAACACAUCUAAUCAGGCCACAACAACUUCUACUCCUCUCGACAUGGCAGCUCGACAUCAAGCAUGGUCUUUGUCAUCGAUACAAGAUACUUCUCUUACUCAGGUGGGAGAUAUUGUUGUUCUAAAAAGUAUCAUUAGGCCAACAGAAACAGUUGCAAUCGGAGUACUUAAAAGCACAGACGCAUCUAAAGAAGUAGAAUGGGAAGAACUGGGACCUGACUAUUGGGAGGUACAUGUUCAAGUGCCAAUCAAACCUAAUGAGAGCUUGAUCCGAUCAUAUGGACUUGUCAAAACAAUUGGACAAGCUAUUGGAGCUCAUGUUGCUUGGCCUGCUCCAUUUGUGAUUUCACAAGUUAUGGAUGCUAGCCGAGAAUAUUUAUACAAGUGAGGUUGAGAAUUUGGGAACUGAUUUUAUUUUUGAUAAUUUUUCUCUCCGGAAUAUGCAUAUCACUAUGGCUUUUCAGAACUUAUGGUUGGAAUAAUUAUUUUUUAGCACGUUUUUGCUUUAACUUUGUUAGUGUGGUAGAAUAUUUAAUAAUUUUGG